AUGGCUUGCGAUGGAAGCAGCGACGUGGUCAAGAUGCCGUCCAGAACUAGUUCGCCCAUAACCGCGUUAGCAAUAGGUAAUUUAAGAGGAAGGGUACGGACAAGACCAGAGCUAAUAGCGAUUGCGGCAGACGGUCUCUUACAAUGUGUUCACCCACCUUACAGUCAUGAUUCAAGUGUGUAUAGUCAGACAGUUCAGUCAAACAUAGCGGCGGCGUAUGUAAUGGACGUUGAUGGAGAUGGACAAGAGGAACUUGUUGUCAUAAUGACAGACAGAGUAGUUAGAUCUUUCCGAUGGAGCUUUGAGAGUUCUCGAUUGCAUCCGGUCAACAAGUGGGAGGUGCCUAAUCAAAUCUCGGCACUUUCCAUCGGUGAAUCUGUGACAUCAUUGCGUAGUGCAGAGGUAUGGCUGUCGCAACUACGUGCACGAUUCUAUGUAUGCGUACCGUUUUCUGGUCAGCAGCCUACGGUUUCUCGUUUAGCGAAUCAGAAGGAGCGAACACUGAUAAAUCCUGGUCGAGGUGUGGCAGCUGCUGCCGCUGUGAGACAUAAGAGCUUUAAUUGCAUCGUAACGCUUGAUAUUACUGGAAUGAUACUCAUCUAUGGUUAUGAUCAGCGAAGUGUUACGGUAACCUAUGAGAGAAUUUUGUGA